UCCACAUUCUUGCUCUAUAGCGUGGCGUGCAUUGCAGAAACUCCACGUGCUAAAUUACUUUUUUACGUUUUAACGUAUUUGUUUAAACAAAUUUUGUUAUUAAAGUUGCAUUAAUCACUGUGAAAUUAAUUUUCAAACAAUGGCUGAAACCGAAAACAACUCAAACCAAAGCAACGAGGUUGCAAAAGAGGAAAAUGGCACAGCAGAGGUUAAAGCUACCGACAAGCCGACAGAACAAGCCACAGAUAAACAAGCGGAUAAAUCGAAAGAACCAACACCCGAGCUACUUGAAAAACUAAAGAAGCAAGUUGAAUUUUAUUUUGGGGAUGUUAAUAUGCAGCGUGACAAAUUCCUGAUUGAACAAACAAAACUAGAUGAAGGAUGGGUGCCAAUGUCUAUCAUGUUGAAUUUCAAAUUGUUAGCGUCAAUGAGCAAAGACAUCGAUGUUAUUCUCAAGGCUCUGGAGGAAAGUGAGUUGAUUGAAAUUUCAGACGACAGAAAAAAAAUUCGUCGAGCACUUGAUAAGCCAUUACCGGCGUAUAACGACGAGUACAGAAAGGCUCAAGAAGCUAGAACCAUUUAUUUAAAAGGCUUUCCUCUUGACUCAACCAUUGCAACUUUAAAAACUCACUUUGAAUCUAUAGAUACUAUUGAGAAUAUUAUUAUGAGAAAAUUUAAAAAAGGCAAAGAGCACUUAUUCAAAGGAUCUAUCUUUUUACAAUUUAAGACACUUGAUAAUGCUAAGGAAUUUAUGAAUCAAGAAACAAUUAAAUAUAAAGAAACGGAAUUGAUGAAAAUGUGGUCAAAAGAUUAUCUUGCCAUGAAAGAGAAAGAGAAAGAAGAAUUACGCUUGAAAAAACUUAACAAACAAUUAGAUAAUGAUGCUAAAGCAUCAAAAAAAAACAAAUCUCAGAAUAAAAUUGAACUUCCAAAAGGCUGUGUUUUACAACUUAAAAACCUAGACAAGGUUGAUAGAGAGGCAGUAAAACAAAAGUUCACCGAAUUAGAAGCAGAAGUUUCUUUUGUGGAUUUCAAAGCUGGAGAUUCUGAAGGUUUCAUACGUUUACAAAAAGAGAAUGCUGCUGUGGAGUUCUUAAAAAAAUUAAAAGAAAAUAUGGUAACAAUAGGAGAGUCUGAAAUAGAAUGUAAAUUAAUAGAAGGAGAAGAAGAAGAAAGCUACCUGUCCAAGGUUGUUGAAAACAUGACAAAUGUUAGACGAGGCAAAGGUUUCCAUGGAAAGAGGAGAGGUAACAAGAGACGUCACAGCCCUCAUAGAGAUGGAAAUCACAAGAGAGUUCGCGACUGUGAUAAUUAAGUUGAUUUAAUAAUUGCACCUAUUUUUUUUUACAAACAUUCUUAAACGCGAUGUAAGGUAUGCUUAGUCGCACGUCUACGACUUUUUUUACAUAAAAACUGAUUAUUAUAAAGGAUGUAUGUUGUGUAUACUAUAUAUUUCCGGUGUAAAAGCGUCGACUUACAAACUAGAACUAUAAAAUGUAUUUUAUAUAUUGCGUCAUAGCUAGCUAAACAGAUUGAUAUUCUAAUGUAAUAUUUUUGAUUAAUUUAUAAAUAUUUACUUGGUCAUAUGCUUUAAUAUCAAAUAUUCAUUUGUUUGUAUUAAUAUGAAAAUGUUAUUCAUUAGAUUAUCUAAAUGUCAUAUUGUUACUCAACAAUUUAUGAAGAUCAUGUGAGUUCAUUUACUCAUAUAA